GUUUGAAAUCAUGGAUGAAAGAGAAGGCUGAGAAGAAACCAAGAUCAAGAGAGAUUUCUCUAUCAGUCACGUCACAUUUUCAGUGUCACUGUAACGCUAGAUAUAGCAUCAGUGUAGACUAAAGUGGUUUCAGCCAGGUAUCUAUGAGGUUGUGACAGCAAGACCAGCAGCAUGCCCACAGUGAUCUUGCUGGACCUUUCCCUGUCCAUGACACGACCAGUUGUCUCCGGAGACAAUGACUUCCAGCGUAAGCACCUGGCCAUCCAGGGGGUCAGCACCCUGCUGGACUACCUGGCAGCACACAACAGGCUGGAGUUCACUGCCCUGGUGGCCUUCUCCUCCCUCUGGGAACUGGUGGUACCUUUCACCAGGGACUAUAAGGAGCUGAAGGAGGGGCUGAACAGGAUGGACGACUAUGACAAGACUUGUAUUGAGACAGGAUUGGCAGGUGUCAGUCAGAUAGUGAUGGACGAGUGGGGAGUGGGCCUGCCAUGUCAGGUUGUACUAGUGACCGAUGGGAGCCCAGGGGUAGGAAAGGGUUCCUUGAAAGAGUCCCUGGAGAGAUUUUACAGCUCACAACACCAUCAUGAUGACCUGUCAACAGAUGGGGAUGAGUUCCCUCUCCCCUUUCCUUUCCCAUCAAAACUUCACCUGGUGUGCUUGGCCAACCCCCCUGAGGUGCAGGGGGUGCUGGGGCAGCUCCAGAGACUGGUGGACAUGAAUGGCGGUGCAGGGGGUGUGUACCUACCAGAGGGAGAACUCAGCAUGGCAACCUGUCAGUCUCUUUUCAGCAAACUAGCUGAGACCCAGUUCCCAUCCGUGUCGUGGACGUUGAAGUGUGGCCAUAUGAGCUCCGAGGUCCAGGCUGUGCCUGUCGUGGAAACGUUCAAGAAAACAUAUGACUUUGGCCCCCUGGUCCGAGAACCAUCUCUGCAGAUGGAGAUUCUUGGAUUCUUGGACUCUAAGGAUAUAGCCAGUCCAGCAGUCAUAUCUAGACACCUUGUUCUGCCAAAGCCUACGAAAACAGAGAAGGAAGCGUCAGAAGGAGAGAGCGGGGCUUCAGGAGAAGGAGAUGGGGAUACUGCUGAGCAUGAUGGGAAGGCUCCUUCCUUCUGUGUUCUUCUUCAUGGCAGUUUGAAAGUGGAGAGUAUGGUUGCCCUUGUCCAACUCGGGGAGAGCUGGUACGGGUUCCUGUACUCCUGGGCAGACAGUAAGAAGAAAUCCAACCUGAUGCUGUCUGUUCUGGAGCCGGGGGAAGAUGCUGUGUCAUGGCUGGGGAAAAUCAGUCAGCUUGGCCCUGUGGCCUCCAGCCCCCACAAUCCGUAUGGAGAAGAUGACACCACAAGUCCGUAUCCCGUUCGCCAUGCAGACAAGAGGAGCUACGCACAGAACACCACAGUCUGGAUCAAACCCAGCGGGCUACAGACUGAUGUACAGAAAAUAUUGAGGAACGCAAGGAAACUUCCUGACAAGCAGCAGACGUUCUAUAAGGAACUAAACAGAUUGAGAAAAGCUGCCUUGUCGUUUGGGUUUCUGGACCUGUUGGAAGGUAUGUCGGCCAUGUUGGAGAGGGAGUGCACCCUGCUGCCUGGAACAGCCCACCCAGAUGCAGCCCUGCAGCUGACACAUGCUGCCAAGGAGCUGAGACUGGCCAUUAACAAGGAUUAUGAUGACAACAUUGCACCACUGCAGACACAUUUCAGUAAAUCUGACAACGACUGAUAGGUCUCAGUCUUCUUAUAGUCUCAGUUUUAUGUCUUGUAUUUACACUUUUCAUUUACACUUCAUGUGAAAGAAAGUAAUAGGGUGUCUAAAUUCGCCCUUGAUAUUUGAUAAAUUUGUAUGCACAUUUUGUGUUACUUUUAGAAAACAAUUUCAGUAUUAUAUUCAGGUUAACUCCAUUCAAACCUAGCUUAGGCCUGUGUGUUAGUUUGGUGAGGGCAGAUUUACAUGCUUGUGUUUCUUACACCACUGAGAUAAAUACUGUGGGCACCUAGCCUUGCCUUACCUAUAGGCUGUAUUACUACGCCUCCUACCAAAACAUGGUAGUACUGCAUAGCAUGGAACACUGGAGUCAUCCUUCCCAUCAGCUUUCAUCAGACCAAUGUUUCAUUAGAGGGUAAUCCAGCUACUCUCGAAGCAACCCAUAUUGUUUGGUAGACUUGUAUGACCAGUUGGCUGUGUCACAUAUAUGAACAUAUGUGUAUGAGCAAGGUGUCAGAUAAAUCCUGCAAAAUUGUUUUACUGAAUCAGAUGUAUUUCUGAGGGGAAAUCACUUUAAAGUCAACUGGUUUCCUAAUUGACUAUCAUAAACUAUGGCUGAAUGAAUCCGAAAGUUCAUUAUUUUUCUUCCUAAGUAGUCAAUUCAAGAACUUUUUCCAAAUUUGUUUCCCUGUACUUUGCUUUGUCAAAUUGAUGUGCAGACUUCUGUCUCUUGACAUUGCACUGGCUACAGUUUUAGCAUUCCAUUUUGUGUCAUGCAAGGUAUACUACACCAAAAUCAGUUCUCAUGAGCAAUCACCUUUAUUCAAGCUCAUGAAAAUAGUAUCCUAAAUCCUUAUUCUCAGUAAAGUUUGCAAAAUAGAGAGAUCAAGUUAAAAAAAAUAGAUCAACUACACAGUCACACCUACCUUACUGUUUAGGAAAAUCUGUCUACUGAUGGUAGCCAAUAAACGAUCGCUUCUUUUUUCUUAACAGUACACUUUGUCUUUUUUCUUAAAAAUUAUUCACAAUUUUUGGCUAAAUCAUUGUGUUGUAAGGUGUAAGUGGACAUAUGUAGGAACAUGUAGAAACUGGUCCAGUAAAUCCAGUUUCCGUCUGGAAAGUGACACAUGGGGGUCAAGGGAGUCUGACCCGUGGGCCUUGGGAACCCAUCAAC